AGGAGUGGAGGAGGUUGCGAUUCGAUUCAUUCAUUCUCUAGGCGAUGGGUAGGAAGAAGAAGAGGCCCGCCGCCGCCGCCGCCGUGGCGGCCGUCGACGAGGAUGCGGCGGUGGGCGUGGGCUCCUCUGCCGCCGCGGCGCAGGAGGAGGAGGAUGACGAGGUUGCGCUGACUCAUUCGGUGGAGGGGGAGGUGGUCGGCGGGGAGACGAUGGCGGAGGAGGCGCCGGCGGCGGCGGGGGACGAUGAGGCGGAGAAGCUGAAGGAGAGGAACGGGGUGCUGCUGAGGGAGGCCGCCGGGGAGCGGGCGCGGGUGGCCGCGCUCGCCGCGCGCCUCGACGGGGUGCUGGCGGACGCCGGCGCGGUCGCCGCCGGGGAGCGAGACGUGCUCCGGGUGGUCCUCGCGGGGGUGCUCGCCGAUGCCUCCGAGGAGGCCGCGGCGACGCGCGCCCGCCUCGGUGCCGCGCGGGAGUCGCUCGAUGCCGCGGCUGCGGCGGCGGCACGGGCGGCGGCAGCCAGGGGCGAGGUCGCGGUGCGGCUGGAGGCGGCGGUGGCGGAGAAGGGCCGCGCCUUGGAGCUCCUCGACGCAAAGGAGGCUGAGCUGGGUACCGUCUCCUCCAAGCUCGCUAAAUCGGAGUCCAUGGCUGCCGAAUUGCAGGCGGAGAGCGCCCGGCUCCGUGCAGAAAGUGGUGAACUGGAGAAGCGAUUGGAGGAGACGAAGGCCUCGGCACGGCACGUCGAGUAUGAGAAGGCCGAGGUGGAAGAAAGCUUCGAGGAGUUCAGGAAGAACACCGAGAAGUACAAGCAGCAGAUGGAGGAGAAUCUUGCGGUAAAAUUGGGGGAGCUGAACCUUCUGAGUUCCAGCAAAGCAGAAAUGGCGGCGAAGGUUGCAUCUCUGGAGUCUGAGCUCUGCUCCGCCAUGGCAAGGAGCUCGGAGUUGCACUCAGAGAUUGAGGCGAGCAAGACAGAGCUAACCACAGCGAAGACAGAGUCACAGAAGCUUCGAUCCGAGCUUGCAGAGGCUGAAAAGAAGCAUCGCAUGGCAGAAGCCAAGGUGAACGAGCUCCAGAUUAAGAUUGACGAGACGACGAACACGAAGGAGGCGGCGGCGGCGGCAUUCGACGCGGAGAAGACAACGAUGGAGAAAGCACUGCACACAAUGAACAUGGAGGCGAACAGGAUUCAAGCCGAGAAGGACGCUGCCGUAUCCAUGGUGCAGCACAAAUCUGACGAAUCUGAGCAACUGAAGGCCGAACUGCACAAUCUCCACAGCUCAAUCUCCAAGCUCCAUGGCCGCUGCAACGAUCUCAGCGCUCAAUCCUCCCGCCUCCAAGACGAGAAGAGCUCAAUCCUAAAAGCGCUCGACGCCGAGAAAUCCACAUCAACCAAGCUGAGGCACAAGCUCAGGGAGCUCGAGAGCUACGUCAGCAACAAGAACAGCGAGAUUGGGACUCUGAAUUCAGAACACGAGGACAAGGAGCAGACGAUGGAUGGCCUGAGCAGGGAGAUCGAGCGGCGGCGGCUCGCCGUCGCCGAGGCGCUCGAGAGGGGGAGCAAUGGCGUGUGGACAUGGAUGUGCCAUCCUGCUACCACCACCGUGCUCGCCGCUGCUUCUGUCGUCUACGCUGCUGCUAGUAGACGAUGAACAGUUAAACUCUGAUACCCUUGCCUUCAGUUCAGUUCAGUUCAGUACAUACAAACUUGAAAAUAACCAGGCUUCGAUCUUUUGUUAUCUGCCACAGUGCUGCUACUAUGUGAUGAUUAACCUUUUGGUGGUGUGAAAUGAAGCCAAAUUUAAUACGAAGCAUAUCAUUUAGCUGCAUGUUUACUUGAAUUUGAGUUGCUUGUUGUUCAGAGAUCUUCCAUUUUGGCCUUAGUCAGGAUUAAUGGCAUGGUGCAAACUAUAAACUGCUGGAUGUCAAAUUUAUUCUCACUAGUCCUAUGUGGUAGUAUGAGUCACCAACCCUCUUGCAGCAGUAAAAGGUAUUUUUUACAAUCAGAUCAGUUCAUCACAGAAAAGAAAUGCUUGGAGUUCUGGAUCUGAUCCAGAGCUUACUGUCAAAUGCAACAACCACCUAAAUUCCAUUAGUUUGAGAAUAAGAGUAUUUUUUCAGAUAA